AUGGGAACAAACAUCACUGAACUUCUCCACCUGAACUUCCUUCAUUCACUUAUCAGCUCUUCUCGGAUUGAAUUGACUCUUUUUCUCGGCAGGAACGGGCCCAGAACCAGACAGGGGCAAGAGAUAGGAUCAGAUGAAUUGAAUCAAUCGUUUUUGAUAUCAGAGGGUUUGGACCAUCUACUUUUCCUCUUGAGCUUGACUCUAGGGCCCACAAACAAGCCCUCACAGGUGAUUCCAGGACAUCAAGGAUCAAUAGCCAGCCACGGGUUUCCUCCCCUAUGGCUACCUUCUUACGACGUUAAAAACUGA